CAUGGAGAGGUAGUUUUGAUAAUAAAUGGAAUUCUAGGGCGAUUUAUGAUUUCAUUCGGCGUAUCUUUCGUCUGUACCUCCUUCCUUCACAAUCUCUGCACUGUGUCUCUCCCCAUCUGCUUUUCCUAUUUUUAACCUUCCAAGGCAUUUUUUCUCCUUGGGAAAUCUUUAUUCCUAAUACUGUAAACCCAAAGAAUAUUUCUUCUCCUCUCUUUAUUUGAUUUAGGGUUUCUCGCAAACCAUUCCAAUCUUUGAACCAAGAAGAUUAUCCAAUUCCCUGCGUUUCUCCCGGGAAAGUUAUGGAAAUCACGGUAAGAUGAGCACGGAUUUCGCACUGCGUUAAAGUGGUUAGAGAUUCAAAAACCAUUCUGGGUGAAUUCUUGAAGCUCAGCAGCCAUGAAGGUUCAUCCUGUGCCGAAGAAGCGGAACAUCGCGCUCCGAUAUGACGUCGGUUCAGGCCUCUCCGACGCAAACAGACUCGUUUGCCGCCAGAAGAAACUCCGGCGACUCCCCCACAUCUUCGCUAGGGUUCUCGAACUUCCCUUCCACGCGGACGCGGACGUUUCUGUCCAAGAAACCUCCGAUUCGUUCCGCUUCGUCGCCGCCACCGACGCUGUGGGCGAAGAUGUCCGUGCGGACAUGGUUGAGAUCUACCCCGGCGUUACGAAGAUCGUGAUCAGGGGAGCGAACUUGCUGGACUUGUCAUUGGAUGAGCUCGAGCUCGAUACGUGGAGGUUCCGUCUUCCGGCGUCGACGAGGCCCGAGCUCGCGAACGCCGUGUAUAGGGAGGGAGAGCUUGUUGUGACGGUUCCUAAAGGUGAACUCUUGACUGAUUCCGAUGGUGAUGAUGGUGAUGAUCAAGAAGAGGUUUGGGCUGAAGGAACAGGGCAUCUUGUUCUUGUACAGUAAUAACUGUCCCUCUAGCAUCAGUUUCUGUUGCUUUCAUAUGUAUUUGUCAUCUGGGCUAGUUCAUCAAACAGAUGUACGCUUGACGAUUGAAUUCAGAAUUGUCUUUGAUUA